AGAUGUAAUAUCUAUAUUUAGCUAGGUCAUGAGCAUGCUCAGUAGACUACUGAACAUGUUUGAACAAAUCCAUACUGUCAUGCCCAGUGAGCCAGUUGUACAAUAUAUAUACCUGUCUUAUCGGUUAUUUCAUACAACUUGCGACAGAGCAAACUUGAGACAACUCUUACAGAAACCAAAGAAGAUAAACCUUCUUGAGUUACAUACCUUGAAAGGACUAGAUACUACCAUAAAAUGGCAUUACCAAAUGGUCCAAUGGAGAUUGUUUUCUCCUUCGAUACUACAGGGAGCAUGAGUUCCUGUUUGGAUGAGGUACGAGGGAGGGUCGCAGACAUGGCUCAGCGCCUUCAGGCUGAUAUCCCAGGCAUAAAAAUGGCUGUGUUUGCACAUGGAGAUUAUUGUGAUAGGCAAAACUAUAUCACGAAAUUUGUGGACUUUACAGAUGAUGUUGCAAAACUUGUGGACUUUACGCAAAAUGUCAGUGCAACUGGGGGAGGCGAUUCUGAUGAAUGCUAUGAACUCGUGCUGCAUGAGGUGCGUACUAAACUGUCAUGGACUCCAGGAUCUCAGAGGUCACUUGUAAUGAUUGGCGACUGCAACCCUCAUGAGCCUAACUAUCCUCAAAACAAAUUGAAGUUAGACUGGAGAGUAGAAGCUGAUGAACUGGGUAAAAUUGGCGUUCGCAUUUACUCUGUUCAGUGCCAUUCUUACAACUCUGACAAAUUUUACUCUGAAAUUGCACGACGCACUGAUGGUCAGCAUCUGAAACUGAGCGACUUUAAAAAUAUUUUUGACGUUCUUAUGACUGUAUGCUACAAAGAGAAAGGGGAUGAUCUGUUCUUGAGCUAUGAGAAAGAAGUGAGGGCUCGUUCUUCAACGAUAAAUAAAGAUUUGCAUAAAUUAUUUGGUGAUCUGAGAGACAAAGCACCAGCAGGAUCAUCCUCUGACACCUCAUCGGUAAGCGGCAAAAGCCCUGGAAAAAAGCUUGGGAAAGAAGCAAAAAUCUCAAUGACUGGAAAGGCAGCUAAAGUCCUGAACGAAGCAAAAUCAGUCCUGAAGACUGUCAGAAAGUCUGCAGCUUGCAUUAAGAAGACAAAACCAGUCCCAACCCAUAAGAAGUAUUUAGAGAAAUAUUUGCCGAAACUUCGGAGAGAAAAUGUACCAGAAAGCAAUUUCCUGUUGAGAGAUAUGUCCUGGUCAAAAUGGCAGCUUAUCAUUUCACCGACACAGAAAACAGUAACGGACACACCGACACAAAUUGCUAGUGAUGUAAGCUGCCCAAGACCUGGAAGCGGUCAUGGAUUUAGAGCUAAAGAAAUUUUUGCUGGAAAAACAAAGGUUCCUGCAGUAUAUGAAAUUGGCAUCCAAACCAAAACAAAUGCUAAGAAAUAUGUAACAUACAGUAAAAUGUGUCGCGGGUUUACCACUAAAUCAAACUGGGAGGUUAAACUUCUUGGGCGAAAGGACAUUAGAGAGCAAAUUGACAAUGUUGUGAAGAAAAAUUGCACCAUUUUUGUUCGCAGAAUGGUACUGAAUGAGGACAAAUGUAAGGAUAAAGUUCGACAAGCUUUGAGGCGGUAUGAUUAUGCCUGGAAGGGAGUGAAAUUGGUUAGGGAUGGACAUAGAAAUGUUUCAAAGGGAGAAAUUGAAAUCUCUUCAGAAAUGGACAUGUAAUUUAAAGACACAAAGAAGUUUUUGUAAAAUUUCUUCAUAUGUUUUGUGUUACCAUUAAGGUGCAAUAUGUACUUAAUUUGUAUGAUAUUAUGUUUUAUUAUUUGUUACAUUUUUACGGGUAUUUAAGGCUGCUACAUGUUGUGCUUAAUGUAAAAUAGUUUAAACUUUUUGUAUAUUUUUAUGACUUUUAUUGAAAUGUGUAAAUAAUUCACAGCUUAUGCAGUAUUUUGUCUGAUAAUGUUGUAUUGUUCAGUUACAUUGUAUAUAAAGAUAUUGUGACUAAAUAAAGAGAAAAUGUUU